AUGGGCGCAACAACAUUCACAGUAUUUGGCCUCGUGGCCUUGGCUUCGGUAGUAGUAGCACAACAGUUCCCAGGGAACUUUCCCGGCAGUGGGAAUGGCAAUGGAUUCGGGAAUGGAAACGGCAAUGGUGGCAAUGGCUUCGGGGGAAACUUCAACAACUUUGUUGGCUUUAAUAUCCAGGAAGCGAUGCAUACGCGAAGGAUUCACGGCAUAUUAGGGACAAUCGCAUUCGUCAUCGUCUUUCCCAUCGGCUCGAUCGCCAUGAGAAUUAUUCCCGGACGCUUCAGUUGGCUUAUCCACGCCCUGAUUCAGAUGGCCGGUUUCGUCCUUUAUAUCGCGGCUGCUGCUCUGGGUAUCAAGUUGACCCAAGAAGUUACAUUUGGUGGAACAAGUCUGUACGAGAUAAGCACCAUCAACUUCCACCCAAUCAUCGGCCUCGUGCUCCUGGCCAUCUUCUUCUUCCAACCCAUCUUUGGCUACAUCCAUCACGUGCAAUUCAAGAAAUACGGUGUCCGCCAGAUCUGGUCACAUAUCCAUCUGAUCAUCGGCCGCCUUCUUAUUCCCCUAGGCAUUAUCAACGGUGGUCUCGGCUUAUACAUCUCCAACUCUCCCAAGGAGUUCAAGAUCGCCUAUGCAAUCCUCGCUGCCGUCUUCGGCGUUGCCUGGAUCUUUAUCUCAGUCAUCAGCGAGAGCCGCCGUAGUCGCCAACCGGCGGUUGUGGUCGUCGAGGAGCACAAACUCAGGAAACGAUCUCGUGGUCUCAACAGCGGAAGCCGGGGUUCCUCCGAUUCGGAUCCGAAGAUUUGA